UCGUAGUUUGGCAGAGAUUCAGCAGCACUGAUACUGUCCGUGUGUGUGUGUGUCCUUGUGAGGGUGAAGCGAGGCAGCGCAACUCGACACACACCGCCGCAGACAUGAACCGGCUACUGAAAGUUCCACCUCUGGCCAGCCGCACUUUCAGCAGCUCUGCCAGACAUCUGAGGAACAGAGUUCCUGAGGCCCAGAAGCUCUUCCAGGAGGACAAUGGACUGCCAGUCCACCUCAAGGGAGGAACCCGGGACGUCCUGCUCUACCGGGCGACCAUGACUCUAACUAUCACAGGAGUCUGCUAUUCUGUGUACUGGCUGCUCGUCGCCUCCAUGCCUCAGAAGAGAGCGUAGAGAGGAAACGGCCCCGGGCUCAGUCUAUCGCAUGGAGAACGAGGCUCGGCUCCGACUGACACUAAUGUUUGCUGUGUACACUUCUAUCUGAUUUUCGUCUCAAUCCAUCCCUACUUCUUCAUGGCAAAGAUGAAUAUGUAAAAACUGUGAAAGACCUGAAUUCAGCUUC